CAACAAACUGAACGAGCAACAGAACGGCAGGCUGUCGGCACAACGGGCGGCGCUGGGGGCGCGGCAAGAGGAGAUGAGAAGCAUCGACCGGCGGGUCUCCGAGUUACAAGCACGCCUGUUGAGGAAAAGAGCACUCAAUCGACAGCUAACAACCGCGCACCGCCAUCCACAGCAGCAACAGCAGCAAAGAACGAAUAACCCAACGCCUAUGCAGCAGCUUUCAAACUACACGGGCAGCGCGAAUAGUCAACCAAAGAACCAACAGCCGCGAGGGAAUGUUGCCGCCGUCGAGCCUUAUAACCAUGUGCCUCAUGCUCAGAGUGUUAGCCACAAUGCAAAUUUCCAGGCAAUGAAGCAAAAUGUAAUACAAAACAACGUGCCAUUAAAACAGCUUACACAAUGUGAUAAUAUGCAAGCCCACAUGACGCAACAAGAAGCCCAUUACUUGCAGCAGAAACAGAUGAUGAAUCCACUCUACAAUGGAUACCCUCAUGUACAGCCAGGAGACCAAUAUCAAUACCCUAAGCAUGACAACAUCAACCACGUACAACAGGGUAUCAGCAAUGCUUACGAGCAAAAGGGCAUGUUCGAACAUGUAAAUAAAUAUUCUGAUUAUCCAAAACCACAAUAUAGUCCAAAUAGUACAAGCAGUUCGAACAGCAACCAAACUGGUAAAGAAUUGAAGAUCAACGAACAAGAAUUCUUACCUGAGUUUGCUGCAAGUAAAUCGGAUCCGAAAUAUCAAACGUUGCCAUAUAACACCAAAUUUCCACAGAGUACAAAUGGUAAAUUAAAGCCUGAGAAUAACAGCAAGAACAACGAAGAUAAAAAUGCAGCGAAUAUAAACGUAAACCAUAUGACUGUACAUUCAACGCCACUCACAGUAGUGAACAAAAGUCUCGCGACACCUCUAAGUCAAACGGAAACCACAUAUCCACAGGAACAUACAUAUCAGUUGCAGAAAUCUGACUCCUCCAGUAGGUGUAACCAGGAGGGGAAAGAGAAUCAUGCAUAUCCACAAAAUUCUAGGCUAAGUCAAAAUAGUCAGAGCAACGAAGGCUCGAAGAACAGCGCGGGGAAGAGUCAACAGGGUAAUACUAUUAAAGGAAGUUCUCCGAGUUUUGGAUCUAAUACAACGACAACUAGCAGUUCUAUAGGCUUUGGGAAACCUGUAUCAAGUGUAGCACCCACAGCGGUUCAGGUCUCGAGUGCGAAACCAUCACCCAUCUAUCAGACAUCAUCCACUAAGAUCCAACCGGUCCAGCCACAGACCGUUCAGACCCAAAGCAUUUCUGCACCAUCUUCAAAUCAUGUAGCUAGUAACGUGGUGACUUCCCAACCCCAGAUCGUUAGAAACACGGCGUCAGGACUGUCAACUAGUACGGGGAAUAACUUCAGUGGGCAGAAUACGUCAUCUCAAAGCAUCAUAUUAUCUCCGCCACAAAGCGCCAGUACACCGUUGUCCACACCUGACGUCAGCGGUACUGAUAAGUCGCCGAAGCCAGCACUACCUCCGAAACCUGCCAUAAAGACACCACCGCGACAGUCAGCAAAUAACGAUGCAGGCUUCAACCAAAACUCAGAGAUCACACCAAUGCCAACAAUACCUGUACCAGAGUCGAAUGAUAGUGAUUCACAGCAGAAUCAGAAGGAACCGAAUGGUGGCAACGAUAUGAUCAUCAAAGCACGCCCACUAACGAUAAGAAAACCACCAUUAAACGAACAACAACCUAAACUUCGGAACAUGAAUUCAGCUAAGAACGGUAUCAGCGUCAGCAUCAACCGUCGCAUUGAGAUGCCACCAGCAUUCCUGUUUCCUGAAAUGGAUCAUUUGACAUUGGAUUCCGUACCAAAUGAAAUGCAGAAUGGCCUAAAGGAUAAAGCGAAGCCUAAAGAUGAAGUUGAUAGGGCACUAAAUAACAACAUAUCGAAUACAAGUGAUAGACAAGAGGAAAGUAAAGACAGUGUGGCAGAUAUAGCCGAACAGAUCAGUUCGGUCGAUUUGAACGGUCAGGAUUCUCAGGGCUCUGAGAAUGUACUGAGGCGAUCAAAGAAAGGCAACUUGAAACAAGGAGGCAAGGCACCUUUGACAAGAAGAGUGAGUUUUGAUCCGCUCGCGUUGCUAUUGGAUGCUAGUUUAGAAGGAGAAUUGGAACUGGUCAAGAAAACAGCAACACAGGUUCAAAACGCGAGUGCGGCCAACGACGAAGGCAUCACAGCUCUGCACAAUGCAAUCUGUGCCGGACACUUUGAGAUUGUCAAAUUCCUGGUGGAAUUGGGCUGUGAUGUGAACGCUCAAGACUCAGACGGGUGGACGCCUCUACACUGUGCCGCCUCCUGCAACAACUUGCCGAUGGUCCGCUUCCUCGUCGAUAAUGGCGCGUGUAUAUUCGCAACGACGCUGUCUGACCAAGAGACCGCGGCCGAGAAGUGCGAAGAGGACGAGGAAGGCUUCGACGGCUGUUCGGAAUAUCUGUACAGUGUGAAAGAGAAGUUAGGUAUAAUGAACAACGGCCUGGUAUAUGCUGUGUUCUCAUAUACUGCCGCGAGGAAUGACGAGCUCUCGUUCACUAGCGGGGCUGCGCUUAACGUGGUCCGGAAGGGGGAUGACAGUGAACGAGAGUGGUGGUGGUGUCGGCUGGGGGCGCGACAGGGGUACGUGCCCCGGAACCUGUUAGGGUUAUAUCCAAGAGUAACCGACAAGCAGGAAUAAACUGAAGCUUAUAUAUGACCUGAUCAUAAUCUGUACAUAAUGUUCUUAUUAGUUUUUUAUGUAUUUAUAUCG